UUCAUUGUUUCAUCAGCAAAAAGGAUGGAGUACCGAGGCAGCGUCAGACCUUUCGUCAACUUCAAUGCUAAACAUGAUGCUGAAGUUCUCCAUAAGGCCAUGAAAGGAAUUGGUACAGAUGAAGAUACUGUCCUCAUGCUUCUGACAUCCCGCAGCAAUGAUCAACGUCAGCAAAUUAAGGCAGCAUACAAAAAGGCCUAUGGAAAGGACUUAGUCAGUGCACUGAAAUCUGAGCUCGGCGGGCUGUUUGAGAGUCUGAUUGUGGCCUUGAUGACGCCGCCUGUCUCAUUUGAUGCUUCUCAACUGCACACAGCUCUCAAGGGGUCAGGGACUGAUGAUGAAGUGCUGAUUGAGAUUCUGGCCUCCAGGACUGGCGAACAGAUUAAAGAGAUCAUCAAAGUGUACAAGAAAGAGUUCAAUGGCAAACUGGAGAAAGAUAUCUGUGGUGACACUGGAGGGCACUAUAAAAAACUGUUGGUGAUCCUGCUACAGGGAGACAGGGAGGAGGGAGUGGAUGAGGAAAAGAUUGAGAAGGAUGCGAAGGACUUGUAUGCUGCUGGUGAGGGCAAGUUUGGCACAGAUGAGGAAAAAUUCAUCACAAUUCUUGGCAACAGGAGUCCAGAGCAUCUCAGAAAAGUAUUUGAAGCCUACAAGAAGAUCUCUGGCUCUGAUAUAGAGGACAGCAUUAAAAGCGAGACCACUGGGAAUUUGGAGAGCUUACUUGUAGCUGUUGUGAAAUGUGCCAGGAGCGUCCCUGGGUUUUUUGCUGAGAGUCUCUAUAAAUCUAUGAGGCGAGCUGGAACUGAUGACGACACCCUGAUGAGGAUAAUGGUGUCAAGGAGUGAGACAGACAUGUUGGAUAUCAGAGCAAGCUUCAAGAAGAUGUACAAAGAAUCUCUUUAUAACACCAUCCAGGAGGACACAAAUGGAGACUACCAGAAGGCAUUACUGUACCUCUGCGGCGGGAAUGAUUAAUGCUGUUCAGCAGCACUGAGUGAUGAGCCACUGGGGAGCUGCCAGACAAAGCUAUGCACAUGAGAUGAGAAUAUUGAUCUGCAGUUCUUUUUCUUUCUGACUUUAGUCUGCUGUUGAUUACAUUAAUGUGAAUUACCUGUAUGUCGUUCAGACUUAUCUGUAGCAUGAAUAACUCUUAUGCAAUCAUGUGAAAGUAAUUUAGUUUCUGUUUAAUGUCAAACAAUGAACAGAAAACAGCUAUUUUUAAAGUAAAGAUGCAGAUUUAAUUAUAAUGUUAAGAAUAAUUUUAUUCAUGUCAGAAUUGCUAACUAAUUAAUUCUAAAUCUACUAUGGAAUAAUAUUUAUGGUCAACCUUGAAAUGUUGGCAGUUGUUUUACUUGAUUUGUGUGCUGUGUAUGUGUUAAAUGCAACUUAGAAAAUACAAUACGACUGGUUAAUUAUUAAACUCAGCAUGUCAACAAUGAUGCUACUGACAUUAAUCAGUGAUGAGAUGCUUAAUGAGUGAUCCAUUAGCAAUGUGGAUGCUAUUAGAUGAUUGCUGACUGGUAUAUGGACAUCGGCAA